AUGUCGCUCCAAGAUUAUCUCAAGAAAUAUGUCUCUGAGGAACCUCAGGAGCAGGGAUCAGAGUCAGAUUUGUCCGAGACAGAGGAAGGACCUGUUAUUGUCGAGAGAAAGGUGCAGUCCAAGGGUUGGACGUCAGUAGAGACGAAGGAGACGACAGGUCCGCGACCGAAUCUCAUGCAGGACGGCUCGCUGCCAGGUCUCAAGACUGGGGAGGACAUUAAAAGGUCGAUGGAAAUGAAACAGCGUCAAUUGGAAGACGAGAAGCGCAAGGUUCAGCAGCAUUACGAUCCAAAUAAUGUCGAGACAGUCUACAGAGAUGCCACUGGGCGGAGGCUAUCCAAAGUUGAGGAUCCAGACGCACAAAGAAAGGCAGAAGAGGAACGGAUAAAAGAAGAAAUAAAGCGUAUCAAUGAGAGCGAAUACACAGCGAUACGAAAACAAAAGGAAGAACAACGAUUAAAGCAGCUAGGAACAGAGACACAGGAGAGCAGAGAUCACCAAAAAAAACAGAUUGUAAACGACGACGACCCUGCGUUGCUGUUUGACUCAAAUCUACAGAGCCGCAAAAGAAAGCUUACCAAUCUGAGCGCGACAGGCAGAAAACUAUACGCUGAAACCGGGUAUCCAGACAAUAGGUUUGGCAUACGGCCUGGCUGGCGUUGGGACGGGGUGAACCGCACCAACGGGUUCGAACAGCGGUGGUUCGAAAGACGGCAGGAACUGGAGCAAAACGAAGUUCUAAAGUACACAUUACAGGAAGAUAUAUAG